AUGACGGCGUCGGAACGCACCCCCCUCCUCUCGUCGGCGGGGAGCAGCACGCUCGCAUCGCCAACUCGCGAAACAACAAAGUUUGGAUCCGUCGUCCUCCCCGCCGUCCCCAACGCCAAGACCGUCCUCCCCGCCGCUCCCGCCAAGAUCACUGGAGAUGGGACGCCGGCGCCGCCGCUCCACCGCAGCCGGCCCCUCAAGGAGACGAUGACCCGCACGCGACUCGUCGUCAUCCUCGCGGGCAUCUGGUCGUCCAACUUUGCGUACGCACUGCAGUCCACCGCUAUCCCGACGCUGGCACCCACCAUCGCCAGCUCGUUCCAGCACGCCGAACUUGCCGCGUACCUCGGCAGCGUGUUUACGCUGGCGAACACGGCCUUCAUCCCAGUGUAUGGGGUGCUGAUUGAUGCGCUGGGGCGGCGAUUUGCCAUGCUCGCCGCAUGCUCGUUCUAUGGGGCUGGGAGCGCAGCAUGUGCUAUGGCGCCGGGGAUGUGGUCCCUCGUCGCUGCGCGAGGACUGACCGGCCUCGGAGGAGGGGGAUUGCUGACUGUUUCGGCAGUGAUUUGCACUGAUCUCGUCGCAUUGCAUGAGCGCGGGUUCUAUCAAGUGUUUGGAGUAGGCGCGGCGCUCGGCGGCCCGACAGCCGGUAUCCUCGCCGACCGCUAUGGCUGGCCUUUGGCGUUCUGGUCGCAGCUCCCGGUCGUCGUGUUCUGCGCGACAAUCGUCUUUGUAUUCCUCCCCGAACCGCCCAUUGCCCCAACCCAUACCUCGCUCCUUCACGGUCUCAUCUCGCUCGACUGGGCCGGCGUUGUCCUCCUCUCAACCAGUACGGCAUCACUGAUCCUCGGCCUGAGCUUCCACACCUCGUACUUGCGCCCAUGGUCCCACCCGUCCGUGUAUGGCCUCCUUAUCGCAUCGGUCGUGCUGCUCGUGGCGUUCGUAGCGGCUGAAAUGCGUGCCGAACGCCCCAUCGUACCCAUGGGCCUGUUCAAGACAUCCCAGUUACGUGCGAUCUGGAGCUCGGCCGUCCUCCUCAUGAUUGGGUCGCAGGCCCUCCUCUUCCACGUCCCCACAUACUUUGCCGUGUUGAUGGACAUGCCCGCCGCUGAAGCGGGGUGGGUCCUCAGCGUGUGCUCGGGUAUCGGAUUGAGUACGGGCACCUUGUUUGCCGGACACCAUAUCCGCCGUGGCGGUCGAUACACCUGGCUUGGGGUAGUAUCUCUCCUCCCGUCCAUCUGGGGUGCAUGGAUUGCAGCGACAUGGCAACCCAACUGGCCUACAUGGGGAUACUACGCGACGAUCCUGCCGCUUAACACUGGCUAUGCAGUGUACCUCUGCGUCUCUCUCAUCGCACUCAUCUCGUCGGUCGACUCGCGUGCAAUGCCCAAGGCCACAGCGCUGCUGUACACUGUCCGCUCGCUUGGCGCGACGCUCGGCGUCAGUCUAGGUGGCAGCAUCCAGGUCGGCGCACUGGUGCGUGCGCUCCGGCAACGGUUCGGCGACAUGGCUGGCGGCGAGGCGAUCAUCGACGCCGUCGUCCACUCCAAGGCCGCGAUCAAAGACUUGCCGAAACGGUAUGCCAAGAUGGCCCUCGAUGCGUACGCCGUCAGCUUGCGGACGGUGUGGAUUGCCAGUGGCUGCGUCGCCGUUAUAGCCGUCGUGUGUGCCUCGUUUAUCCAGCAGAACGAGAUCCACAAGGGCGACGAGCCACGCGAGCCGCGCGAGCAGGCCGAGCAGGCCGAGUCGGCAUGA